UUGGCUUUUCAUUCCGUUCCGUAACGUUGCCGUGUUCAGACGCGGCCACCCUCGUCGAGAGUGUUUUAACUUCUAUCUGCUGCGCAGUGCCGCCUGUGAAAAAAUUGUGGAUAUUUUUUUCUAUGCAAAAGUUUUGAUGGUUUUUCAGUGCAAUUUUUAGGAUUUUCAGCGUGAAAAGCGCGCCGCGCAUGUAGUGGCGCACCGUUUAUACCCUUUGGAGGUUAGUUUCCAGAUUCUCUCUCACAAUCCGCCCAAAGUGACCUCCCGAGAUAAUGGAUGUCGGUCUGGUGGAGAAAACAAUCGGCUUCCACGGCUUGCCGUUGCAAAAGAUAUGGGAAGGCGAACGGGGCGAGUCCGACCUGGCCCGGCUCGGCAUCAUUAGUCCGGACUUUUCCGUGUACCAGUCGCGCCAGAAAAUCCUUAACUUCCACGAUCGCGCCAAGCGCUUCAAGCUGCACCAGUUCCUUUCGAAGAAGGCCGACCUACUGUUCGACCGGGCGCUGAGCGUGCCGGCGCCGCGCAGGGAACGGUGCGCUCCCGGGGACUUCCAGCAGAAUGAAAAAUUUCUAAUACCUCCAAUUGAUGUAUUUGUCGAUGCGGAUUCCCACGAAAAGAUUACGCACUUUCUAGAGACUGUUACACCGGGCGACGUGGUCUACGGAGCGGUUCUGAAUCGAUCCCCGCAAGGAAUCAUAUUCAAAGUGUUGUACUCGCUGGGCAACACGUGCUGCUUCAUAAAUACCUCCGCGAUCAAGGCGUACGUCUCGAGCAGUUAUCUGGUGUCGAUUGAGGAUAAGAAUGGCACGCCGCGUAAUUUUGCCGCGAAUGAUUUGGUUUGUUGUGAGGUGGCUGUGGCCCAGCCGGACGCCCGAAAGCUCGUUUGUACCAUGCACCGUACCGUGUUGAGCCGCGCACCGGCCUCCAUAAAGUAUGGGCUGAUUAUGCCGGAGGAUUUGCCCGCCGCUUACAAUCUAGCGGCCACCAAGGAUAUCAAACCGUAUGAGUACUAUCUGAAGCGGUCCGCGUCCUUCAACGAUCCCCGCGAGACGGAGAGUUUGAUGCAACAGCUGGGACUCGACGGAAGCGAAUAUUACACCAACAUGUCGGGCUUGAAGGGCAAAUUCGGUUCGAACGAGUUCGCCGGAGAGUUGCGCAACGUACAGGCCAGCAAGUGGGCCUUCAGAUCGGUCGCCGAAGGCAUCGAGCACUUUAAGGAGGGCCGCCACGCGGAAGCGUUCCAAUGUUUGAACAAGGCGCUCAGCAUCGACCCGCGCAACGUGGAAGGGCUGGUGGCGCGUGGUGCCCUGUACGCCAACAGUGGCUCGUUCAAGAAGGCCGUAGACGAUUUCGAAGCGGCCCUCAAGAUCAACGCGUCGCACGCGAACGCCCGCAAGUACAUGGGCGAAACGUUGGUCGCGCUCGGGCGCAGCUACGAGGAGGAGAACCGGCUGGACGAAGCGAAGAAAGCGUACCAGGACUGUUUGAACAUUAUACCGCACCACGAGGAGGCGCAAAACUCGUUGGAUUUUCUCAAGUCGAAAACGUUUAACAAGCAAAUUGUGGCGCCGAACGAGCUGGAGCUGCCAGCGCUGAAUCUACCGAAAGCACCACUGCGAGACCAUCUACUGAAGGGCGCCGAACCGGACGCGUCCGCCGGUGGCUCCAAACGGGACGGCUCCGAGGCUCGCCGUGACCGGAAAGCACUAAAGGCCGCAAAGGACAAAAAGAAACGGCACAAAAAAGCAACGUCCGCUACGGGGGUCCCCGGCGCCGCAGGAGGCCACACCAGCUCGAGCGACUCCAGCUCCGAGUCGGAUUCGAGCGAUUCGUCGUCAAACUCGGACAGCUCCAGCAGCGACUCCAGCUCGGAUUCGGGUUCGUCGUCCCGGUCGUCGCGACCCAAGAAGCGCCAAAAGCGGUCCAAGAAUGACAAGAAGCUCAAAUCGCUGUCGCCGCUCAGCAAGCGCAUGUCCGCCGGCAUGGGCAACGAUUCCCGCGGCGGGGACGGUUCCUUUCCCUUUGGCAACCAGUCGGCGGCUUCGGCGUCGGGCCUUCCGCCACAGGAUGAGUACGAGCAGAAGGUUCGUAAGUUUUUGGAGACGACGCACGACGAGGACAACUACGAGGAAAAGGUAAGACGGUUCAUGGCCGAGGCGGCCAAGUACACGAAGGAGCGCAAGGCCGCGGAUGAAAAGACCAAGAAGAAGAAGAAAAAGGAAGAGAAGAAAGCGAAGAAGGAAAGCAAGAAGAAGCGCAAGUCCGAGGAGAAGAAAAAGGGAAAGAAGAAGGAAAAGGACGAUGAUCCGCUCAACAGCGAUAAGCUGAAGGAAGCGUUGAAGAUAUUCGAAAACUUCCCCGUGCUGGACGAGCUCGGUAGCAAGCUGUCCGAGUAUUACGCCAAGAUGGACAGCUCGGCUGGGCCCAGCGGAGUUUCGAGCGUAAUGUCGUCGCUGCUGAGCAAGACUUCCAAGAAGGAAGGGGCCGGCAAAAGCGACGAACCUAAAGCGGCAACAAAAGUGGCCAAGGAGGCGCCCAAGGACGGCAAGUGGCGCAUGAUGUUCAACAAGGACGAGCGAGCCGCGGUCAAGGAAACGGUAGCGACCAAACCAUUCGUUCCGAAGCAGUACGCGUUCGCGAACGAUUCGGACGACGAAAGUGUCGUGGUGGAAGGAUUCACACCGGCACCACCACCCCAGGCAAAGACCACCCAGCGGAUUGUUCGGUAUGAGGAAGAAAAAAAACCGAAGCAGCCCGCCGUUAGCCAGAUGUCAACGGUGAAAUCUGGCCCAGUUGUACUAGACAAGUUUGGUAAUUUCAGGUUGGCAAACGCCGAAGACGCUGCGAAACCUCCGGAACCAUCAGCGCCACCACGUCGCUCAAGAAGUCGCUCGCGUGGGAAACGGUACAGCUCGAGCGGAUCAGGCUCGGACAGCCCGCGACGCCGCUCUCGGUCGGGAAGCUUCAGACGCCGCAGCAGCAACUCCAGAUCGCGCUCGUACAGCAAUUCUCGCUCCCGGUCAUACUCGCGAAGUCGGUCACGCUCGCGCAGCUUCGAACGACGUCGCUUUAUUGACCGACGCAACAACUACAACAAUAACAACAACUUCCGCGGCCGGGGCAACUUCUACAAUCGACCCUACGGAAACUAUCAAAACUGGAACAACCGGGGUAAUUUCAUGCACCGACGAGGUGGGUACAACAACAACUUCCGCGGCGGCUACAACAACCAUCAGUUCCGCCCGUAUCACCACAACAACCGAGGUUACUACAACCAUCGGGGUUACCAGAACUACAACAACUACAACAACAACCAGAAUCGAAGAUAUCAGAACAAUCGUUCGUACAGUCGCAGCACUAGCAAGUCCCCUGACCGCGACCGUUCGCGCUCGAACGACCGCAGCACAAAACGAUCGAGCGAAAAGCCCGUGUCGGUCGAUUCGGACGAUAACGGCGCGUCGUCGGCCAAGUGGAGCGAGAAGGCUGAUUGCGAUCCGGCACCGGCGAGAACCGAAGAGAAGAAGGAUGAUUAGGAGUCUGGCGGCUCGGUUUUCCUAAGUUUUAACGUCGCUCAAGAUAACAAUCUUGAACUUUAAAUAAUAAUGAUGAUCAUAAUUGUGUACUUUAUACCACUACUGGCUGCAAAAGCUAUUCUCUCGUUGUAUUUCAGCAUACACAAACCAGAACACUAAUAAAAAACCACUAACCCUUUAUCCCACAAAACAAAA